GUUCUAAAGGUCUAGAGUUCUAAAGGUUUACAGAGUUCUAAAGGUUUAGAGUUCUAAAGGUUUCUGUGUUUUGUGUUCUUGGUGUUCUAGAUGUUAUUUGUGUUCUCUGUGUUCUAGGUGUUCCAUUGUAGGCCCUAUUCUAGGUAGGUGUUAUCUGUGUUAUCUGUGUUCUAGGUGUUCUAGGUGUGGGCUCGUCCUCUCCGGAGAGAUAACCGCAGGAAGAGGAAGUUCGUGUUCCGGUCUCACCGGGAAUGAGUCUCGGUUUAAGUUCCUCGCGCGCGCGGGUUUCACGUGGGCGAGCCGCGCGCUCAUAAGGAGCGAUGGCGGGCUGCUCCGUCAGCGGGACCGCGCGACAUGGAGGAAGAGGGCCGCGCCAGCUGCUGCUGCGCCCGGGGGGAAGCGGGGCUCCUCCGGGGGGGAGACGACGCGUUGAUCCGCCUGCUGCUCCAGAGUGAGCGGCGGGCUCGGGCCGUCGCGGCCGCGCUGCUGCUGCUGCUCUGCGGGGCGCUGGCUCUACUCUUCACCGGGGCGUAUGGAGGAGGCCGCCGGCCAGCGGACAGCCAGCCGGUGAUGCAGCCGUCCAGACACUCAUCAGGCGUCGACUCCCGACGGCAGGAAGACCAGAGGAACCCAAGUGCCAUGCUCACAGCUCCUCGAGGGAAAAACCUCCAUGGGCGGUACCUGGACUGGGAGCAGGACGACGGGCAGGCCUUCUGCCACGGGGGGUUCCUCUACUCCAACGGGAGCCUCCUGGUGCCCCGGGGGGGCGUGUACCGGGUCUUCCUGCAGAUCACCUACGAGAGCCGGGCCGACACGGAGUGUGACGAGCAGCUGAGGCUCUCCAACUCCGUGCUCCUGGUCCGGGACCACUACCGGACCCCCGUGGCCCUGCUGUCCUCGGUGGACUCUGUGAGCUGCAGCCUGACCCAGUGGAGCAAGACCCUGUACACGGCCGGCCUCUUCUCCCUGGAGGAGCUCGGCGAGCUGCACGUGUCAUCCUCACACCCCCACCUCAUCGUGGAGGCGGAGUCUAAGGUGUUCUUUGGCGCCGAGCUCCUCGUGUCCGCCUGACUGCAGGUCAGAGUCCAGGUCCUGCGGGUCAGAGUCCAGGUCCUGUGGGUCAGAGUCCAGGUCCUGCGGGUCAGAGUCCAGGUCCUGUGGGUCAGAGUCCAGGUCCUGUGGGUCUGGUGGGUUCUACUGGGACCAGACCCCUGCUGUGUUGAUGUUCUUGUUGUCUGACUCUCAGCUGCUCCAGAGACUCACGAUCACCACGAGAGACGAAUCUGGUUAUUUAUUCUCUUCGUUGGUGGGGUGCACACUGUGUGUGUGUGUGUGUGUGUGUGUGUUGUACAGAGUUUGUAAAAUAAAAACAUAAAUAACAAAACACCAAA